UGAUCUAUUUGUACUUUUACUUCCGCAUCUAGAUCUUCUGAGCACAUAACCACAACUACCACACUGUAUGUAGCUAGCUUGUCGUAGAUUUUACGAUUAUCAGGGUCAGUUAGCUACUAGAGAAUUGAAACAGUUACUGCUUAACUCAGGAAAUAGCUAGCUAUGUCCAAACCAAAGUUAGUUGUGUUUGACCUGGAUUAUACUCUUUGGCCCUUCUGGGUGAAUAGCUAUGUGGACCCACAAUUUCACAAAGACAAAGAGGGAGUGGUGUUGAAUGCAAGGAGGGAGAAAAUCCAACUGUUCCCCGAAACAGUGGACAUAUUGACUUCUCUACAUGGCCAAGGGAUCCAGAUUGGAGUGGCAUCACGCACAGAUGAGGUAGAUGGAGCCAAUCAGCUGUUGUCCCUCUUCAAUCUCAACCAAUACAUAUCCUUCAAGGAAAUAUACCCGGGGUCAAAGGUCCCUCACUUCAAAAAGCUCCAGGCAGACAGUGGAUUCAAAUUCAGUGAGAUGAUGUUCUUUGAUGACGAGCACAGGAACAUCACAGCAGUCAGUCAACUAGGUGUGCACUGUGUUCUGGUCCCUGAACUCUGGUUUCUCUCUCAGGUGUGCACUGUGUUCUGGUCCCUGAACUCUGGUUUCUCUCUCAGGUGUGCACUGUGUUCUGGUCCCUGAACUCUGGUUUCUCUCUCAGGUGUGCACUGUGUUCUGGUCCCUGAACUCUGGUUUCUCUCUCAGGUGUGCACUGUGUUCUGGUCCCUGAACUCUGGUUUCUCUCUCAGGUGUGCACUGUGUUCUGGUCCCUGAACUCUGGUUUCUCUCUCAGGUGUGCACUGUGUUCUGGUCCCUGAACUCUGGUUUCUCUCUCAGGUGUGCACUGUGUUCUGGUCCCUGAACUCUGGUUUCUCUCUCAAGUGUGCACUGUGUUCUGGUCCCUGAACUCUGGUUUCUCUCGCAGGUGUGCACUGUGUUCUGGUCCCUGAACUCUGGUUUCUCUCGCAGGUGUGCACUGUGUUCUGGUCCCUGAACUCUGGUUUCUCUCUCAGGUGUGCACUGUGUUCUGGUCCCUGAACUCUGGUUUCUCUCGCAGGUGUGCACUGUGUUCUGGUCCCUGAACUCUGGUUUCUC